AUGGACUUCCAGGAUGUUGAGGCCGCGGCUCUUCCUCUUGACUUCGACGUUUCCUUCAUACCAUCCGGAUCGAGCGCGAACAUUCUUGAUUUUGACUUUUCUAGUGGCAUCAGCUCGUUAGGAUCUCUAGCCACCAUGCUCGACACCUCGCAGAGUGAGGAAGAUCAAAUGGCCCUUGAGAGGGCGUUGUACCGUGUCGCCAAGCCCUUCUCGCCAGCUCAUAUCGCUCCAUUCGCGAGGUCAAGAAUCGAAUAUUCGAUUGAACAGCUCAAAGCCGUACCCAAGAUGAUGAUUGAGCAUAAUGGCACACCUUGGGCCCACUCAAGGCUAUAUGAGGAAGAUAUGCCUAGAUCACUUCAGGAUGCACAUGCUGCGUGUGCCCUCUACAUCGCCAAGAACGAGGCGAAUGCUGAGCAUGUGACCCGGUUCAUCACAAACCGAGUGGAAGAAUUGAUCACCACCGCUCUACCAGAUGCUCCAGUCGAACUACUAGCCCGUGCUCAAGCACUCAUGUUGUAUCAGAUCAUGCUCGUGUUCGGCGGCGACGUACGAUGCUAUGCACACGCUGAAGCGCUCAUACCACAUCUGGGGGAGGCUGGAAACGCCCUCCUUGUCACUGCUGCACAACAGACUGAUAUUACAGGCUCGCUCCCCCUGUAUCCCAGCACUGCAGCGCGCGCGGCAUGGAGAUCCUAUGUUUUUCGUGAAUCAUUACGUCGGACACUAUUGUCACUUUUCCAAAUGACCGCUAUGUGUGAUCUCUUACGCGGUCAACUCAAAUCGUGUGUACACAGUCUCCUAUACGGAAAUAGAGUUACGUUAUCUGCGCAUCUUUGGCACGCGAAGAACUCUUUCGACUUUGCUGUUGCGUGGAACGACAAAAAACACUUCUUGGUCAAAGAAUUGGACUUUACAGAGGUUCUGAGAGACGCACAGCCUGAUGAUGUGGAUAUCUUUGCUCGGAUGAUGAUGGUUGGCCUACAAGGUAUCGAUGAUAUACGCGGUUGGUUUUACACCAGAGGAGGGACUCUAUAA